GGAAAGCCAAGAUGGAUGCGUCCAUUUGAACGUCUCGCACGCCUGCCAGCCUGCCGGCCUGCCUUCAGUAGUCGCGCCUAUUGCUGCUACCCGUUCUUCCUCCGGAAUAAGGGAGGGAGAGGGGAUGAGAAGCUGCCGCAGCGGAGGAGUCACCGUCACCGACCCCGCUGCUGCCCUCGGGCCUCCUCGGCCCCCGCGCCUCCGGGGAGCAGCCGGGGCUCGCCGCGCCUGACGCGUCCCGAGUUACACAGAAAUAAUGUUGAUAUUUGGAACCCAUGUCGAACUUCUAUGAAGAAAGGGCAACGAUGAUUGCAGCCGGGGAUUUGCAGGAAUUUGUUCCUUUUGGUCGAGACCACUGCAAGCACCACCCUAAUGCUUUGAACCUUCAGCUUCGCCAGCUGCAGCCAGCCUCUGAAUUAUGGUCUUCUGAUGGUGCUGCUGGCUUGGUGGGAUCCCUUCAGGAGGUUACAAUCCAUGAGAAACAGAAGGAAAGCUGGCAGUUAAGGAAAGGAGUAAGUGAAAUUGGAGAGGAAGUGGACUAUGAUGAGGAACUCUAUGUUGCUGGAAAUAUGGUGAUCUGGAGCAAAGGAAGUAAAAGCCAGGCAUUGGCAGUUUAUAAAGCAUUUACAGUUGACAGUCCUGUUCAACAGGCGUUAUGGUGUGACUUCAUUAUAUCGCAGGAUAAGUCUGAAAGGACCUACAGUAGCUAUGAAGUAGAAAAAUGCAUAUGUAUAUUGCAAAGCUCAUGUAUUAACAUGCAUAGCAUAGAAGGAAAGGAUUACAUAGCUUCUUUACCAUUUCAGGUUGCAAAUGUUUGGCCCACUAAAUAUGGAUUGUUGUUUGAACGAAGUACUUCUUCACAUGAGGUACCUCCAGGUUCACCCAGGGAACCUUUACCCACUAUGUUCAGCAUGCUGCACCCCUUAGAUGAAAUAACCCCACUUGUUUGUAAAUCUGGAAGUCUUUUUGGUUCAUCACGGGUACAAUAUGUUGUCGAUCAGGCAAUGAAAAUUGUUUUCCUCAACACUGACCCCUCCAUUGUAAUGACCUAUGAUGCUGUUCAAAAUGUGCAUUCUGUGUGGGCUCUUCGGAGAGUCAAAUCGGAGGAAGAGAAUGUUGUUUUAAAGUUCUCUGAACAGGGGGGAACCCCACAGAACGUGGCCACUAGCAGCUCCCUCACGGCACAUCUCAGAAGCCUCUCCAAAGGAGAUUCCCCCGUGACUUCACCUUUCCAGAAUUACUCCUCCAUUCACAGCCAGAGUCGCUCAGCCUCAUCUCCCAGUCUACACUCUCGCUCACCUUCUAUUUCCAACAUGGCAGCUCUAAGUCGUGCUCAUUCUCCUGCCUUAGGAGUGCACUCUUUUUCAGGGGUGCAAAGGUUCAACCUUUCAAGCCAUAAUCAAUCUCCAAAGAGACACAGUAUUUCUCAUUCUCCAAAUAGUAAUUCUAAUGGCUCCUUUCUUGCACCAGAAACAGAACCAAUUGUUCCUGAACUGUGUAUUGACCAUUUGUGGACAGAAACGAUUACUAAUAUAAGAGAGAAAAAUUCACAGGCCUCAAAAGUAUUUAUUACAACUGACCUAUGUGGGCAAAAGUUCUUGUGCUUUUUAGUAGAGUCCCAGCUUCAGUUACGCUGUGUAAAGUUUCAAGAGAGUAAUGAUAAAACCCAGCUCAUCUUUGGCUCUGUGACCAACAUACAGGCAAAGGAUGCAGCACCAGUGGAGAAGAUAGACACCAUGCUGGUCCUGGAGGGCAGUGGGAACCUGGUGCUAUACACAGGAGUAGUUCGGGUGGGAAAGGUUUUUAUUCCUGGACUGCCAGCUCCUUCUCUGACGAUGUCCAACACAAUGCCUCGGCCCAGCACUCCACUUGACGGCGUUAGUACUCCUAAGCCUCUUAGUAAACUCAUUGGAUCGUUGGAAGAGGUUGUUUUAUUGUCCCCAGUUCCAGAACUGAGGGAUUCUUCAAAACUUCAUGAUUCUCUCUACAAUGAGGAUUGUACUUUCCAACAGCUUGGAACUUAUAUUCAUUCUAUCAGAGAUCCUGUCCAUAACAGAGUAACUCUGGAACUGAGUAAUGGCUCCAUGGUCAGGAUCACUAUUCCUGAAAUCGCCACCUCUGAGCUAGUACAAACAUGUUUGCAAGCAAUUAAGUUUAUCCUGCCGAAAGAAAUAGCCGUUCAGAUGCUUGUCAAGUGGUACAAUGUCCACAGUGCUCCAGGAGGACCCAGUUAUCACUCAGAGUGGAAUUUAUUUGUGACUUGUCUCAUGAACAUGAUGGGUUAUAACACUGACCGCUUAGCAUGGACUCGAAAUUUUGACUUUGAAGGAUCACUUUCCCCAGUCAUCGCACCCAAGAAAGCAAGGCCUUCUGAGACUGGCUCUGAUGAUGACUGGGAAUAUUUACUGAAUUCAGACUACCACCAGAAUGUUGAGUCUCAUCUUUUGAAUAGAUCUUUAUGUUUGAGCCCUUUGGAAGUUUCACAGAUGAAAGAUGAGGAUUUUUCACAGAACCUCAGUCUGGAUUCUUCUACACUUCUCUUUACUCACAUACCUGCGAUUUUUUUUGUUCUUCACCUUGUCUACGAGGAACUUAAGUUGAAUACUCUAAUGGGAGAAGGAAUUUGUUCACUUGUUGACCUUCUUGUUCAGUUAGCAAGGUGUUGUCUUAAUAUAUUCUUGUGUUUUUUUGUGUAUUUACCUAAUUUUAAAGGUCAAACAGGAUUUAUGCAUCACCCAUCAUUUUUUACUUCUGAGCCACCAAGUAUUUAUCAGUGGGUGAGUUCUCGUCUGAAGGGUGAAGGAAUGCCACCCUAUCCUUUCCUCCCUGGAAUCUGUGAAAGAAGCAGACUGGUAGUCUUG